AUGAUCCAUUCGAUGCAACUAUCUGUAGCGGUUGCUGCAACUCUGCCUAUUCUGUUUGUGUCGGCUAUAACUUGUUAUGUUGGUUUCGAAGGACAACGACUGAGGUUGCGGAACUACGUUAGUGAAUUGCUACUUUUCUAUUCCAGUGAGAAAAUGCAGCUGUUCGACUCGCAAACGAAGUCGUGCGGAUAUGAGACAAACAUGCCUUGCAAUUUUACUCAGAAUAUAGGAGAAGUUCUCAGAGGCAGAAAAGCCUAUAAUUUUUUCGGAGACCUCAAAAAGCAAGCAAACACAUGCUACAACAAAGAAAAUAGAGCUUUCUGUGUUUGCAACACAGCAGACAAGUGCAAUGGAAAUUUCACUCUUUGGCUGAGUCUUUGGAAGAACACGACGCACACAAACACAACUUUGAGAGACUGCGUAAUUGCACAUGUGUUACAGAAGCAGAAUUUGGAUCAUCGGGACUUUACGACUCUACCUACAACACACGUCUCACAAGUGACUACAAUAAGUGCUAGCACAACAACAACGGUAGCAGUGCCAACAUCGACAGUCACGGAAAGAAUAGUAACGACGGAAAAUGCGAGCACAAUGGCGCUAGCAACAACGCCAACGUCGGAAACAGUUUCGGAAAAAAUGGUGACGACGGCGAGCAAAAUGCUGUCAGCAGCAUUGCCAACAUCGAAAACAAUCACAGAAGGAAUAGAUGCACUCAAAACGACGGCAGUAACAGAAAAGACGUCAGAGGCAGUCACAGAAGGAAAGAUGACGAGGGUAGAUGCAACUACAGCGACGACAGUAACUGCGACGACAUCACUGAAAUUGGAAACCCUCAGAGUAAAGACGGGCGAACCCACUCAAGUGACAAAGCCUAGGAUUGGGAAGUCGGGUGGAGCAGAAAAGAGAAAAGCUAGUAAUGCUGAAAGCAGAAAAGGUUCUUCUUUGAAUAGCUUUAUCAUGCUCAUAAUCAUAAUUGGAAUGGUAAUUAUUGUGUUCCUCGUACUUCCAAUAGCCAUUGCUUUUGCAAUCGCCAAAAAACGAAAAAGAAUGAGAGAAACAACGAAGAAGGCAAAACGUGGGCCCAUAAAAUCAAAAGAAACUAUGAAACCGGAAGCGAAAACUGGACCAAGCAAGUCGAGGGAAUCAUUGGAGAAGAUGAGAAUAGUAAAAAAAUCGAAAGAAUCAGCGGAAAAAUUAAGCAUUCCGUACUGA